CUGAAAGUGAACUUGGCUCAGGAAGGCCAGCGGCUCAAGGUCCAGCCCCUGGAAGAGAGAAUAGCUACAGAUUCUCCAUCCUCGGCCUCUGCGAGGCGACGGCUGUGCCAGCCGGGCUCUGGCAGGCUUCCGGCAGGCUCGUGGCAGCAUGGCAGUGAAGCUUGGGACCCUCCUGCUGGUCCUCGUGCUGGGCCUGGCCCAGCCGGCCUCUGCCCGCCGGAAGCUGCUGGUGUUUCUGCUGGAUGGCUUUCGCGCAGACUACAUCAGCGAUGAGGCGCUGGAGUCACUGCCUGGUUUCAGAGAGAUUGUGAGCAGAGGAGCAAAAGUGGAUUACUUGACCCCAGACUUCCCUAGUCUCUCAUAUCCCAAUUACUACACCCUCAUGACUGGCCGUCACUGUGAGGUCCAUCAGAUGAUCGGGAACUACAUGUGGGACCCCAACACCAACAAGUCCUUUGACAUCGGCGUCAACAAGGACAGCCUGAUGCCUCUCUGGUGGAAUGGAUCCGAACCUUUGUGGGUCACUCUCAUCAAGGCCAAAAGGAAGGUGUUCAUGUACUACUGGCCAGGCUGUGAGGUUGAGACUCUGGGCAUCAGACCCACCUACUGCCUGGAAUAUAAAAAUGUCCCAACAGAUAUCAAUUUUGCCAACGCCAUCAGCGACGCUCUUGACUCCCUCAGGAGUGGCCGCGCUGACCUGGCAGCCAUAUACCAUGAGCGUAUCGACGUGGAAGGCCACCACUACGGGCCUGCAUCCCCGCAGAGGAAAGACGCCCUCAAGGCUGUAGACACUGUCCUGAAGUACAUGACCCAGUGGAUCCAGGAGCGGGGCCUGCAGGAUGAGCUGAAUGUCAUCAUUUUCUCGGAUCACGGAAUGACCGACAUUUUCUGGAUGGACAAAGUGAUUGAGCUGAAUGAAUACAUCAGCCUGAAUGCGCUGCAGCAAGUGAAGGACCGCGGGCCUGUUGUGAGCCUCUGGCCGGCCCCGGGGAAGCACUCUGAGAUCUAUGACAACCUGAGCACGGUGGAACACAUGACCAUCUACGAGAAGGAGGCCAUCCCAGGCAGGUUCCGUUACAAGAAAGGGAAGUUUGUCUCUCCUUUGACUCUAGUGGCCGAUGAAGGCUGGUUCAUAACGGAGAAUCGAGAGAUGCUUCCGUUUUGGAUGAAUAGCACCGGCAAGCGGGAAGGCUGGCAGCGUGGAUGGCACGGGUACGACAACGAGCUCAUGGACAUGCGGGGCAUCUUCCUGGCCUUCGGACCUGAUUUCAAGUCCAACUUCAGAGCCGCUCCCAUCAGAUCGGUGGACGUCUACAACGUCAUGUGCAAUGUGAUGGGCAUCGCCCCGCUGCCCAACAACGGGUCCUGGUCCAGGGUGAUGUGCAUGCUGAAGGGCAGCGCCGGCGCCACCCCGCCCACCCAGCCCAGCCACUGCGCCCUGGCCCUGGUUCUUCUCUUCCUGCUUGCAUAACUGAUUGUAUUGCUUGUCCCACCCCCCCCCCAAAAAUACCAUCUGCAAAGCAGGCCUCCAAAGCAGAAUGAUUUUCAUUUUGUGUAUGAAUAAUAGCUUCAUUAACACAAUCAAGGCCAUGCAAACUGUAAAUCUAUUACUCUUGGAUAAUUCUAUGCAUAAAAGUUCCUACUUGUUAAAAAAGAUACAAACUUUGUUUUUCCAGAAGGUAGGAAAAGCCUAGCUUUCCGUUUCUUCCGUUAUAUGUCAUUUUCUCCUUUCUUUUCACAUUGCUCGGGACGAACUCUCUGAGCAGGGGUCUGCUCCGGCAGCAACCACGCUUGGAGUGGGUACUGCAGACAGAGGUGGCUCUGGGUCCCUCUCGGUCCCAUCUUGCACAAAGCAGCUCCUCAGACCAGGCCUUUGUGUGUGCCCUGUCCACACCUGGGAGCCAUCCUCAGGGUCUGUGGCCACGAUCCUGUAAUGUUCCUUCCAUCCCAGCUAAAAGGAGGUCUGGACAAAAGUGAAAGCUACUGUCUAUUUCUGACCCAGGUGGUGGAAUUUUUUCAUCUUAUACUGAGUCCCAGAAAGGACAUAACUUAGCAUGGAUUACCAAUCAAUCCAAAACUCAAUACAUCACUAAGGAUUGGAGAACUCACAGAACAGGGUGAAAUAUAGGAGUCCCCCUCCCAAAGUCUGGGUGCACGAAAAUUUCUCCCUUGCCUUGAGGAGCAGGGAAGCUUCUUACGGACACAGGCUUCUGCGAGACUGAUCAUACACGGUACAUCGUGGCAUGAAGCCUGGCACAUAGCUGGCCCUGCAUGAUGGACUGAGGGAUGGAUGGCCUGCCUGCCUGCCUGCCUGCCCUCCACCUGGGCAAAGGCUUCCUCAGACACUGCCGCUCUGUGGCUCCCAAUACAGGGUGCAGACAAGAGUAAUCCCUGACAUGUCAUUAUGGGCUGCGACAGGGAUGGCUUGCUGAUGAGAAUGCGCAGGCAUCAGCAAGGAUCUCAGGCGGCUGCUUGACGGGUGAUGCACGAAACCUCAGUCCUGGGCACAUGGCUUGCUCAACAACAACAGAAAAUGGUGCUGGGUGAAGAAUGGAGCAGAAUCCAACAUAAUGGAGCAGAAUCUCAGUCACUGACCAACUAACGGGUUGUUUGAUUAGGAGACAGUUUGGCCAAAAUGCCACCUCCGAGACCUACGUUCUUUUGAUGCCCUUGAGAAGAGCCAUGGAGGCUGAGUUGAAAUAUUUUUAGCUUAGUCAUCUGUGUUUGCUAUAGUAAAACCUGUAACACAAGAGAUAACUGCCUUUUUACAUGAUCAGUCAUUUAUAUCUAUAUACAUACGUGUGUGUAUAUACAUAUAUACAUGCAUACGCUUUUAUUGCAUUAAAAAUGGGUUUUGGCUGGGCAUGGUGGCUCACACCUGUAAUCCCAACACUUUGGGAGGCCAAGGAGGGAUGAUCUCUUGAGGCCAGGAGUUCCAGACUAGCUGGGCAACACAGGGAAACCCCCAUCUCUACAAAACAUAAAAGAUUUUAAAAAAAUUAGCCAGGCAUGGUGGCACAUGCCUGUGGUCUCAACUACUUGGGACUCGGAAGCAGGAGGAUCACUUGAGUCCAGGAGGUCAAGGCUGCAGUGAGCUGUGACUGCACCACUGCACUCCAGCCUGGGCAACAAGCAAGACCCCAUCCCCCCUCAAAAAAAAUGUUUGCAAUAAAUGAGGUACAGCUCCAAGUGAGCCUUCUUUUUGUCGAGAGAAGGCAAUCUUCUCUGGGAAGAUUAGAUCUCCUCAGGACAAUAGAAGCCUUAUAUGGUGUGUUACCUUGAAAACUGAAUAUCAACAUUCACCCUGAUUCAGGAAGGCUGGGGGCUGUCUCCAUGCCAUGAAUCGUGAGAGCAAAGGAUCACUGCUUAAAAAUACUAAAUUUGCCUCCACAAAAGAUUUCUAAGGAUUUAUGUAAUGUGUUUCAAAAGUGCCAGCAAACCAUCAGAUCAAUUGGAAAGGCAGCUCCUCAGCCUUCGUUAUCUGGUUGAAAACAAAUGAGUACUUUCCAAACAUCGGCAGUAGUUGUUGAAAAAGACAUCUACUGUUCAAAGUUUCUUUCUCCUUAAAGGAUGGUGUUCCAAUGAAUUCAGGGGAGCCCACUUUCCUCCACUGUGAAGGAAGAAUCUCUAAGAGAUAUUCAGGUGAUUAAAUGAAUAGUGGAUCAUCAAAUUCGAGAGAGGCAUAAACUUAGACACAGUCUUACAUUUUUGUCUUUCCUGAACUCUUCUGCCAUUUUCCUGCUUCACUCAUCCUGAAAAUCUGCAAGUUACAUAAUAAAACUUUAGGUAUUUUUCUGACAAAGUGUAAUUGCUCAACUGAAUAAAUGAAUGAGAAUAAGAUACAAAAAAAAUCAUGGAUCCUGGUAAACAAUAAAGAAAAUUCAGACACUGAGGGGGAAGAAAAAGAUUUUUGCUUAAAAUAAUGC